AUGAACCACGGUGACGCGGCGAGCAGGGGGGAGUACGAGGCCCUGGUGGAGGGGGCAGACCCGAUGUGCAGCAGAAGCAUAGGGGCACAACACGAGUUGAGCAACUUGUACGCAAAUGACCUCACGGGAGGCAGCUUAAACCCUGGGGAGGGCCCAACUGGGGAAGUUCCACUGGGCACGCCCCUAACGUACAUCGUUGGGAAUGGAGCGGGUCACCUAGGAGACGAGCACAUGGGAAGGAGUCACCUUGGAGGAAGUCACCCCGGAGGAGGUCACCUCGCCGCAAAUCACCCCUCAGGGAGCCACACAAAAUACGACCACACUCCGGGAAACAAACGAACGCACACGGAUCACAAAUACGCCGCGUACUUCUGCGCCUACCUGGUAGUCCUCUCCAUCUGUAUGCUGUGCUACCUGUACCAUGGGAACUACGCGCGUGCACUGUAUGGGACCAACUACAAUGGGAAAAUCUGUGGGAGGGAUAUGAAGAAUCACUCCUAUUUGUACUUCCCCUUGUCUCCUAAGCUUCCCAAAAAGGAAAUACUAAAUAAAUAUGGGAAGUGCCUCGAGUCGUGUCCCACAUCCGAUGGGGCGAAACAAAUGAGGAGGGAAAAGGAUGGCGAAGGGGCAAACCGUGGCGACAAUGUACAGAAGAGAGAAAAGGCAACACAUGUUGAUGACCCCCCCUAUUCGUACUCCUCCCUUUUUGCGAAAACAAAGCCGAAACAAAUUGCGGACCAGCAGGGAAACAAAACAACCAACGUAGUGUAUAGCGAUUACACGAAAAGCGCAAACAACAAUCUGUACGUGGAAUACUCUCUCCUUUCUCCCUACUAUGAGACGGUUAACAUAAUGAACAUCUGCUUCCCAUUGGAUAAGGGGUUACGGGAGAAAGUUUUAAAUGUGGUGUUUACAGAUAGGUACAAGGUGUUUGUUAAUUUAUUUUCCUUUGCCAAUUCCUUCGCUUACGUAUUUCUUUUUAUUGUGUUUUCUCUCUUUUUGUGUUUUCUUUACGUGUGCUGUAUGUACUACGUGUCCUCCCUGACCCUGCACGUAGCGCUAUUCCUUUUCAGCUUUUCCAUGCUGUUUUUCCCCGUGUACUUUAUUCACAAGCAUUUGUACCUCCUGUUUCAUCCCAUCAAGGGAGCCUUUUUUUCGUACCACUAUGUAGUGUCCAUUUUUGUGUGCUUUGGCUUGCUGGCCCAUGGAGUUGUUUUCCUCUUCGUCUUGUACCUGUACAGAAAUACAUAUAAGUACACGCACAGGUUAAUCACUGUCGCUUUGGACUUCGUCAACAGUGUGUCCAAUCUGCUGUACGCGCCUUGCGUCGUUUCGGCUGCCUCGCUCGCCUGGUUUUUCCUGUGGAUGUGUGGAUACGUCUAUGUGAUGACGGCGGGGACGCUCCACGAGCAGAGGCUGAACUUGGAGCUGGACUCGAACGGAAACAGCGAGAUUGUCUCCCUGCAGAAGGUCUUCCACUACUUCAGGAGCUCCUACCUCUUUUCCAUACUCUGGAUAUGCACCUACUUCUUCGUGUGUGAAAUCCUGCAGUCCCUCAACCAGUUCACCAUAAGUUAUUUAGGGGCCGUCUGGUACUUCUGCGACAAGGACAGCGCGAACUACAAGCUCAGUGCCCAGGCCACCAUGAAGACAAUACUAAAUUACCACUUGGGCAGUUUGAUCCUAUCGAGCUUUAUCAACCUCUGCACCAAGCACCUGCGCGUGUUGUUCUUUUGGGCGAACAGCACUCUGUCCCUCCCCUUCUUCUAUAGCGAGUCGAUUUACAAGUUGAAGGAGCGAUUCGCUCUCUUCUUAAGACCCAUUUCGAAUUUAAUUGACACACACACGAUGGCUGCGUACUGCGAGAUCUCCAUGACGUCGUACCCGUACCUACUCGCCUGCAGCACGUCGUCCAAAAAGUUAAUAAACUCGACGUCGCCAGCGGCGUCUUUGCAUGGGAUAACCUACAUUGUUAACAUCAUAUUCCCGUGCCUCACAACCCUAGGGGUGACGUUUCUCUCGUUCAACAUUUUCAACAAUGUUGAGCGAUACGGCGAUUUGUUCUCCCCCAGCUUUGUCCCCAACCCGUUUUUCGCGGCACUCACGAUCGGAGUGCUGUGCGGGAUGAUAACCUCCCACUUCGUCACCACCCUGUCCACCCUCACGGACACCAUCCUCUACUGCUUCAUCUGCGAGUGCUACCAAAAGCAAAUGAUCGAUGAGAAUCCCCUGAGGACGGUAUUCACUCCGCCCCUCCUAAAGGAGUUAAUUUUGGAGAUAUACCAGGAGUACAGCGCCCGGCCGUGA